AUGUGUAACGUCAACAACAGCAGUAGCUGUAACAGCGAGCUACCCUUGGAAAACCUAGACACAGCAAACAUGUUCAUCACUGUCCUGAAUGUUAUUUUCGUCUUUGUUAUCAUAUUCGGAAAUGCUCUAACUGUCACGGCCAUCGCAAGUUUCCGACAGUUACAGUAUCCUAGCAACAUGAUGAUAGCGGCGCUGUCAUUGGCCGAUAUUCUGAUGGGUGUGGCCUACACGCCGCUCAAACUGAUGCGCGCGCACGCCCCGGUGUUCUUGGAAAGGCGGGAAAUAUGUCUAACUUUCAUGUUCACUUCGCACCUCUGCUCCCUGAACGCGAUCAUGUUUUUAUCGCUGCUGUCCAUAGAGCGCUUCUAUGCGGUGCAGUUUCCCUUUCAUUAUCACGCCCACGUGACCGUUAAAACCAGCAUCAUCUGUAACGUCGUCGCGAGUGUGGUUUUGCCUAUGUUUAUCAUUCCCAUGGUUUGCGGAACGGAUCUGUGGGACUCGAGUGUAUGCUAUGCCCCGACGCUCUACCCACAGGUCUACACAAACAUCCUAACGAGCUUAAGUUUCGCCAUGAUGUUCAUUGGGUUUCUCUGCUUCCUCAGGGUGGCAGCCGUGGAACUACGUUUCCGACGACGUCGCGUGAGGGUCGUGCACGAACCGACCAGUACAGCGGCACCGGAUCCGGAAACGGAGAUAACGCGCGACAAUAAUACUACUGUAAAUCUUCAGUCGGAGGCAGCCAACGAGAUCGAGAUAAAGGGAAGGAACUCCGCCAAGACGAAAGUGGUGCUGAUUGCCUACGCGGUUUCGAUGUGUCUCUGGACCCCCCACAUCGUCGUUUACAUCUGGGACUCGAACACGAAGCAGCACCAGAACCCGUAUGUUUUUAGAGUGGUCUCCCUUUUGGAUCUCUCCAGUUCUGCGAUCAAUUUCUUCUUGUACGGGUGGAAAAACAGGAAGUUUAGACACGCUUACUUUCGGCUUUUGGGACUGAAGAAGUGA